GGCGGAGAGCGCAGAGGGGCGAGGCCCGGCUGCAGGGGCCGCUCGGCCCGGGAGGAGCCCGCGCCCCGCUCAGCCUUGCAGCCCCGCGCCCUGAGCAUCUCCCGGGAGGAACGGAGACAAAGGAGGAUUCAUGUCCAAAGGGCUCCCAGACACCAGGACGGACGCAGCCAUGUCAGAGCUGGUGCCUGAGCCCAGGCCGAAGCCGGCAGUGCCCAUGAAGCCCGUCAGCAUCAACUCCAACCUGCUGGGCUACAUUGGCAUCGACACCAUCAUCGAGCAGAUGCGUAAGAAGACCAUGAAGACCGGGUUCGACUUCAACAUCAUGGUCGUCGGUCAGAGUGGGCUGGGCAAGUCAACGCUGGUCAACACGCUCUUCAAAUCCCAAGUGAGCCGCAAGGCCUCCAGCUGGAACCGGGAGGAGAAGAUCCCCAAGACAGUGGAGAUCAAGGCUAUUGGGCACGUGAUCGAGGAAGGUGGUGUCAAAAUGAAGCUGACGGUCAUUGACACCCCUGGCUUUGGAGACCAGAUCAACAAUGAAAACUGCUGGGAGCCCAUUGAGAAGUACAUCAAUGAGCAAUACGAAAAGUUCCUGAAGGAGGAGGUGAACAUCGCCAGGAAGAAACGCAUCCCUGACACUCGUGUCCACUGCUGCCUCUACUUCAUCUCCCCCACGGGACACUCCUUGCGACCUCUCGACCUGGAGUUCAUGAAACACCUCAGCAAAGUGGUGAACAUCAUCCCCGUCAUUGCUAAGGCUGACACCAUGACCCUAGAGGAGAAGUCUGAAUUCAAGCAAAGGGUUCGCAAGGAGCUUGAAGUAAAUGGCAUCGAAUUCUACCCCCAGAAGGAAUUUGAUGAGGAUUUGGAGGACAAGACAGAGAAUGACAAAAUCCGGCAGGAGAGCAUGCCCUUUGCUGUGGUGGGAAGUGACAAGGAGUACCAAGUGAACGGCAAGCGGGUCCUCGGCCGAAAGACUCCCUGGGGGAUCAUUGAAGUGGAAAACCUCAACCACUGUGAGUUUGCCCUCCUUCGAGACUUUGUCAUCAGGACCCACCUCCAGGACCUCAAGGAAGUGACACACAACAUCCACUAUGAGACCUACAGGGCCAAGCGGCUCAAUGACAACGGAGGCCUCCCUCCGGGAGAAGGCCUCCUGGGCUCUGUCCUUCCACCCGUGCCAGCCACCCCCUGCCCCACUGCUGAAUGAAGGCCAUUUCAAGCGCUGCUUCUGCCUCCAUUCCUCUCAGCUGUUACUGCUGCAGGGCCAUGACCUUUUAAGGGCCCACCUCCACAGCCCGUCCUGGCCCUCAGCAGGUGGGAGGGGCCAGCUGCUUUAGGACAGCUGCCUUCUCCAUUUUUCCAAACACUCCUCUCCUCCCAGUGGAAUGGAGUUCUCGCCAGCAGUGCCCUCCUCCAUCGUCUGUGUCAGCUGGUCCCAGCCCAUCUGUAGGGUGAAGGAACUCGUCAAGAGCUUCUUCUGCCCUUGCAAACCCAUACCUGCUACUUGUAACCAUCUCCAAGGGAAAUGGCAUUGCUCCCUGUCCAUCUGCAUGAGCUACCUUUGGCUUUCUUAAAAGGUCAAGAAAGCCACUUUUCUGCUUGUCAGAUUCGUUGACAUCAGCUAUGUGAGCCCCAAUGUGGGACAAGGGUGUCUCCUUCAUUGCUUAAAGCUUAUUUAUAAGGAUGGGUGACUACAGAUGUGGGGACGCAAGGGCUAGGAUCUCCUUUUUAAAGAUCACCACUUCAGGCUGGCCCAGAGUGUGGUCACGCAUGCUUCCCACCCAUAAUGCAGCCUCUCAGGAAGAGUGGUUUUCCCGAAGAGACAUUUCUGUAGUUGACUUCUUUAUCCUCAAUCUUAAAAAACAAAAACCAAAACAAAACAAAAAAGCUAAACUAAACACAGGCACAGAACUCCAGAACCCCAUGAGAUGUGAACUCUAGGAAGAAAAAAAGCACCCAUCUGUCUACUUAGCAAUAAGAGGGAUCUCUUCCCACCCACCCUGACUAUUCCUACCUUCCACCUCCACCCUGUUAAUGUGAGUAAUGAAUUAGCCUGGCCAUAGUUGGUCACAUAUAGGCUAGUGGAAAAUACCCAAUGGAGGGCAAGGCCCUCAUCAGAUGCAUGAGUGUUUGUGAAUGUUGGCUGCCACUGCCCCACACACUGUGUCUUUAGAGAAUCUCCCUGCCCACCCCUUCCCAUCUCUACCUGGACACAAUUUGCUCAAAGGCUGGGUAACUUGUGGGCCAUUUAUCUACAAUCAAGUCCUGAUGGAGCAAGAGGCCCAAGCCUAGGGGAUGCAAGAACGACCCAUUUCUUAAAUGUUACCAGUCCCAGCCAAACUUUCGGUGACAUUAUGGUUUAAUUUCCCAAUUGAAAACAAGUCAAUGACACUCAAACUUGUGUAAACGUU